UGGAGUUCUCACUUCUGCUUUGUGCUGCGUUGGGACUCGUCACGGUGACAGUUUCCAGAGCUGAAGACUCUGUGUUUGUGCUGGAGGGGAGCUCCUAUCAUCUGGAUGUGCAGGGAUAUGAUAAACUCCAGAUCAGAUCCAUGUUCUGGAAGUUUAAUAAAACUACAAAUGUAGUGGAAUACAUUCGCAGAUACAAUGAAACAGAGAUAUAUGGAAAUUACAAGAACAGGGUGGAAUUUGACCAGAGGAACCUCUCUCUGCUGCUGAAGAACAUGCAGGAGAGAGACAGCGGAAUCUACACAGCAAUAAUAACUGAUGAGAGAGGAACAGACAGAGAUGUUGCUACGUACACACUCUGUGUUCAAGCGGCCACGCCCAAACCACAGCUGAGCAUGGAGUUACUCUUCUUUGAUGGAGGAUACUGCAACGUGUCAGUGAACUGCUCAGCUAAAGAUGACUGGGUCUCCUACACCUGUGACCACGCCCACUGCACACAGGUAGCAUCCAAAACCCCACCUUCAGGACUGAUCAUCAUCGUCACGGCAACUAACGGAACCAUCCACUGCAACAGCAGUAACCGGGUCAGCAUGGAGACCCAAUCAAAACCCAUGAAGGACAUCUGUGAAAAGAAAGAAGGGACAACUUCACCUGACUCAGUUACCAACAUCAUUGUUGCCAUCGUCAUCCUCCUAAUCGGCAUCGUCAUCGUCAUCGCCAUCGUCAUCAUCUACAUCAGAAAACGCAGCCAGCGUGGAGGAUCGCAGAUAUCACAGUGCAACACAGAGUAUGCUUCUGUUGAGGCCCAGCAGCAGCAGCAGCGGAGUAGCACCCCAGCAGUAGAGUUCGCAUCCACGUAUGACACAGUGAGGACUGCAGAGUCACAGCGCCCCCCAGAGGAGACCACAGUCUAUCACACCGUGGGACAAGUAGGAGCCCCGCCUCCCAAACCUGAGACCAUCUAUGCCACUGUGAAUAAGAGCGGAUCGAAAUGACACCCAGCUUCAGGCUGGGCAAUAGGGUAGUUUUUCCAAGUACUGAUGUCAGCUUUAAGCAAGAGGGGGUGACGAGUCUCCUGCUCAAAAACUCCUGUGUGCUCAGCGCAGAACUCGCCUGUGUUUUAGGAACGGCACAUGAGCGGACAUUAAAGCACCUGUCCCUGCCAGCUGGAGCCACACAGCUGUAUGGUUUCCCUCUUUCCCACUCUGAACGGCACUGCCUUACUGGACUCAAUGUCCCAUCAGCCCUCACUGCACUGCCUUACUGGACUCAAUGUUCCAUCAGCACUCACUGUACUGCCUUACCGGACUCAUUGUCCCAUCAGCCCUCACUGCACUGCCUUACCGGACUCAAUGUCCCAUCAGCCCUCACUAUACUGCCUUACCGGACUCAAUGUACUAUCAGCCCUCACUGCACUGCCUUACCGGACUCAUUGUCCCAUCAGCCCUCACUGCACUGCCUUACUGGACUCAGUGUUCCAUCAGCACUCACUGUACUGCCUUACCGGACUCAUUGUCCCAUCAGCCCUCACUGCACUGCCUUACCGGACUCAAUGUCCCAUCAGCCCUCACUGUACUGCCUUACCGGACUCAAUGUACUAUCAGCCCUCACUGCACUGCCUUACCGGACUCAUUGUCCCAUCAGCCCUCACUGCACUGCCUUACCGGACUCAGUGUCCCAUCAGCCCUCACUGCACUGCCUUACCGGACUCAUUGUCCCAUCAGCCCUCACUGCACUGCCUUACCGGACUCAUUGUCCCAUCAGCCCUCACUGCACUGCACGCAGCCUCUCUCCUCCAAGCUAAUGCUGCUGAUACUCAUUUAGCCGUGUUUUACUCCCUGCAAACUCCCCAGGAGUAUGUAUGUAUGUAAGUGUAUGUAUGUAAGUGUGUGAGUGAGUGUAUGUGUGAAUAAAUGCAUUACUGAGCUAUGAAUGAUAUGAGACAUUUUAUUGAUAAAGGCUGUCACAGUAUUAUUAUUUAUUAAAGGAGGGGCAUAGCUACAAUAUGUACUUAGCUAAACACUGUAUUUAGCAAUGUAAAUCUGGAGCAGUGGAACUGGGCUGUUUCUCUGUCCCCUGGGAGGGUGAGAGAGGGUGUGGCCUCACUGCUCUAAGCCUCACUCCUCUCUCUUUACUGUGAAGCUGCACGCUCAGUUUCAGAGACAAACGGGUGGUUAGUGCUGGCACUGGCUCUGCAUUUUUUAAUCAAUAAUGAAAAAUAAUAAUUCUUUUUGGCUUAAAUUCUGUCAUGUAGAAACAGAACCCAGAGUCCCCCUCACUGUCUGGCUCUGAGUCUGAUCACUGCAGCAGCUUUGAGAUGCUUUAAUAAGAUUUGCCUCUGCUGCCUAUUGUGUUAUG